AUGCGAAGCACCGCGUGGGGUGUCGAGAAUUCAAAGAUUUUUACAGCGGAAGAGCUAAAAUUAGCAACUAACAACUACGAUAAGAAUCUGAUCCUCGGGCGAGGAGGUUUUGGGACUGUUUACAAGGGAACCUUACCGGGUGACCGUAUAGUCGCCAUUAAGAAGUCUGAAAAGAUUGAUCCAAGUCAAAUAGCGGAAUUUAUCAAUGAGGUUGUUAUUUUAACUCAGAUUAAUCAUCGAAAUGUGGUGAAGCUCCUGGGUUGUUGUUUAGAAACUGAAGUUCCCUUGCUUGUUUACGAAUAUAUUUCAAACGGCACACUUUUCGAACACAUCCACUCCAGCAUCGGAACGACUUCCCUUUCAAAAAGCCGCUUGAGGAUUGCUGUCGAAACUGCAGGUGCACUUGCGUAUUUGCACUCUGCAGCUUCUACACCCAUCAUUCACAGAGAUGUCAAGUCUGCCAACAUACUUUUGGAUGAAAAAUACACUGCAAAAGUUGCAGACUUUGGAGCAUCAAGGUUAAUUCCUUUGGACCAAACAGAACUGGCAACUCGAGUACUGGGGACAGUUGGAUAUCUGGAUCCGGAAUACUUUGUCACAGGUCAACUGACAGAGAAGAGUGAUGUGUAUAGCUUUGGUGUUCUUCUUGUAGAGCUCCUGACAGCAAAAAAGGCCAUUUUAUCCAACAUAUCCAAAGAAAUGUCAAGUCUGGCUAUGUAUUUUAUUUCGUUGAUGGAAGAAGACAAUUUGUACCAAAUUCUUGAGGCUGGAGUAGUAAAUGAGGGGACACCAAAACAAGUUCUUGCAGUUGCAGAGCUCGCAAAGAGAUGCCUCGACUCAAAGGGGGAGCAAAGGCCAACAAUGGGAUAAGUAACAAAAGAGCUAGAAACUUUGAGAGGGGUUGAGACACACGCACGGGCUAGUGAACUAAAACGUGGAACAAAUACAAGCGUACCAUCUGAACCACAAGACCUCUAUACUAUACCACUGGCCUCUUCCACCUUGUUUGAAUCUGGGCAAUAUAGUUUGGGUGGAAGUACGAUAGCCUCCAUGAAUACCCCUAGAUGAUUGUCCAAUUUGAUGGACCUUGAUUGGUUGUAUAACAAGCGGAAUUUCCCAGCGAAUUGGUGUGCAUAUGUAGUCAUCUUUAGUAUUCUAGGAUGUCUCUAAACGCCU